CAUUUGCCCGCUGUCUCGAUCACCAUACUACAAUUCUCAGCUACAACUAUUCAGGAUCGCACGUUGUUCGCUGUGUUAACUUUGUCCCCCUCGCCCGACCCGAACUUACCAUACAUCACGUUCAGCUGAUAGUUGCGUCCAAAAGCAGUUUUCAAAGAUGGCUUCUGAUCCAGCAUCGCAGGUCUCUAUUGGGGCCCUCAGUGCCAUUUUUGAUGACAGCAAGCCUCAAACACGGGAACCCAUAGUUCAGUGUGUUCAAAUCAAGCCAUUGCCGCCCCAGCAGAACAAUCAAGAACGUUUCAGGGCUGUGUUCAGCGACAUCUCCAAUUACGUCCAGACCAUGCUCGCUACCCAACUGAACCACAAGGUGACGAGUGGUCUACUCCGCAAAGGGUGCUUCGUCCGAUUGAAAUCAUUCCAGGCAAAUGCCGUCAAAGGGAAAAAAAUCCUCAUAAUCCUCGACUUGGAUGUUCUUCAAGACCUUGGUGAGAGUGACAAACUUGGAGAACCGCAACCGUUAGAGAACAAGGGAGAAGAUGAAGAAAAGCCCCAACCAACAACAAUUUCAAGUAAUGGGUUUUAUGGCUCCAAGCCUCAAGUUACAUCGGCACAGCUGAACAGCCGCACGCAAACACCGCGACUAGCAUUACCUUCGGCUCAUACUACUAUCUACCCAAUUGAGGCCAUUUCCCCAUAUUCGCACAAGUGGACAAUCAAAGCUCGCUGUACUAGCAAGUCGAACAUUAAGACCUGGCACAACAGGAAUACUGAAGGCAAACUAUUCAGUGUCAAUUUGCUGGACGAUAGCGGCGAGAUUCGCGCAACGGGGUUCAAUGACCAGUGCGAUAUGCUUUAUGAUGUUUUCCAGGAAGGUGGUGUCUAUUAUAUCUCGAACUGCCGUGUUCAAAUCGCCAAAAAGCAGUUCACGAAUCUUAAUAACGACUAUGAACUCACUUUUGAAAGAGACACUAUUGUUGAAAAGGCGGAAGACCAGAGCGAUGUUCCACAAGUGCGCUUCAAUUUCACCACUAUUAGCGAUCUUCAGUCGGUGGAGAAGGACACCACCAUCGACGUGAUUGGUGUGCUGAAAGAGGCUGGGGAGGUCUCACAAAUCGUCUCGAAAACCACCAAUAAGCCCUACAACAAGCGCGAACUGACUCUAGUUGACAAUACGGGGUUCUCAGUUCGGUUAACUGUCUGGGGAUCCACGGCACUGAACUUCAAUGCCUCCCCCGAGUCAGUCAUGGCUUUCAAAGGAGUCAAAGUAUCCGAUUUUGGAGGCCGAAGCCUAAGCCUGCUAAGCUCGGGUUCUAUAACUAUAGACCCAGAUAUUGAAGAGGCUCACAAGCUUAAGGGCUGGUACGAUGCGCAAGGCAGAGAUGGGGUUUUCACAUCGCAUGCGUCCAUGUCGGGCAUGACGACAUCCGCAGCUAGGUCUGAUCAGUUCAAAACCAUAGCUCAGGUCCGAGAAGAGCAGCUGGGCAUGUCCGAAGAGGCAGUCUACUUCUCAUUGAAGGCGACCGUUAUCUACAUCAAGCAGGACAACCUAUGUUACCCCGCCUGCCUUUCAGAAGGCUGCAACAAGAAAGUCACGGAGCUUGACCCUGGCCAAUGGCGUUGCGAGCGUUGUGACAAGACGCACCCACGGCCAGAAUAUCGCUACAUAAUGCUUGUCAAUGUUAGCGACCACACUGGUCAACUUUGGUUAAGCUGUUUUGAUGAUGUCGGAAAAUUGAUGAUGGGCACAACUGCAGAUCAAUUGGUGGAGCUGCGACAAAUGGAUGAAAGAGCAGCUGGUGAACUGUUUCAAGAUGCCAAUUGCCGUACGUGGAAUUUCCGAUGCAGGGCCAAGAUAGAUCACUUCGGUGACCAACAGCGAGUUCGGUACCAGGUAUCAUCAGCCAGGCCAAUCAAUUAUUCUGAGGAGGCUUCACGCCUGGCAGAAUUGAUUGACUCGUAUACCUUGUCUUGAAAGGCUCUGGAAACGCGGCUACAAAUAAAUUUGAAGUCAUGCUUCCUUAGUCCGACCGGUUUCUAAGUAGUCUUGUGCCUGCCACAUUUUCUUUUUCAUCUACCAUAGGACUCGUUCAGGGCCCGCUCGAGGUUUCAAGAUACAAACGUAGGUGUCUAUCCCUGUUUACCAGAUCAAUACCAAUUCAAAUCUGGCCCAGAUUUUGUGGGUCCAGUAGAGUGUGCUUGUGACUAUAGUUAGUUAGU